GACGUUCGCACCCGCCAGCUCGUGUCAUGUGCAGAGUAUGGAACAAUUCGCGACCCCACCGGAGCACAGAUAUGAAUAGAGCGAAAUUCAAGAUCAAUGAACGAAAAUUCCGCGGGCUCCGAACGAGAAGAGAGAUUCUCGUUCCUGCCAGUCAAAACCGUGGGCGGGGUCGGGGUCGGGGUCGGAUAGCCUCGGCCUUCUUGGACUUGAAGCUGGAAUCGGGGUAUCUUCCUCGGGCCCUGCGAUGCCUUAGUCGGUCUCAAUUGGUCGGAUUAGAUCGGUGGGGUUGGGUUGGGUUGGGUUGGGUUUCGUCCGAUGUGGAGUGGGAUGGUGGAUGGGACGAUGAUUAGACGAGAUGCGAUUCCGGAGUCCGGAGGAGUGUCAUAUGCUCCAGACAUCGUGCACGGCCGGGCAAGUGACACCAUCGAAGGAGAUUGAAUAUUUGAUGCGUACCGUGAAAGGCAGGGAAUUGGCCGAGGGGCUCGUGGGGAAGGAUAUAUGAAUGUGGGUUACAAGGACUUGCCCGGCCGUAAGAACAGAGUAAAUUGAAUAGAGCUGGAAGAAGAAUAUAGACUUGAAUUUCGUUGUUCCAGGGGGAGGAUUCUCAAAAUGCACAGAAUGAGGUCUGUUCAGCUGUUGGUGUCGUUCUUCGUGGUGUCUUUGGUGGUCGUUGGUGCCAUCAACAUUGAGCACAAUAUCAACCUCCAUAGGCCCAAACCUGACGAUGCUGAAGCCAUGGCUCGGUGGCUUGUGGCCUUCAGUUCUUGGGGUGUGCUCAGUACCCUCUCUAUUCAUCUGGGCGGUGCUCCCUGGGGCAACAUAGCUUCUUUCAGCGACGGACCCAAAGGCAAAGCAACUGGGACGCCGUACUUCUACCUUUCGAGAAUGGACCCCACUCCGGUUGACAUCGAGCAAGAUGCCCGCUGCUCUCUAUCACUUAGUGAAGCCCCCAUUGGCACUUGUGGCAGCAGGGAUGUUGAGGACCCAACAUGUGCUAGACUGACACUCUCUGGAAAGAUGGUAGAACUUGCCAAAGGUUGUGAAGAAGGAAAAUUUGCUCUGAAAGCUUUAUUCUCAAAGCACCCAGAGAUGGCAGUUUGGCCAAAAGGGCACGACUGGCGAGUUUACAAGCUCAAAAUAGAGGACAUCUUUUUAGUGGACUUUUACGGUGGAGCGAAGGAAAUGUCUGUCGAAGAUUAUUACAAUGCGGCAGAACCAUCAAUCUCCGAUAGUUCUAGCUGAUGAUGGGAGGUACCAGCUCUUCAAGUUUGAAGCAGUGGAAAAUGUUUGGGAUACAACAAUAGCUGUGGCCGAAUUCGAUAGGUUGCUGUAGAUUACUAGAAAUUGUGAAUAGAUAAAGUCUACUCAUCAGGAAAUAGUUAUCAACUUGAAGUGUAAAAUUACUUGACUAUGAGCGCUAUUAUAAUCAUUGUCACCGCUGUCUUAAGACCUUGGCUUCUCCUGGCGCCUCAAAUCUGAGAAACCUGUUUUUCCCGUUAACUGACUAUGACCAUGCUUAUUUCAUCUUCAGUAAGCUUUCGCCGUGCAUUU